CCGGGCCACACGCGUGUCCCCACGGUCGUCUGGACUCGGCGGGGCUCGCCCGGCCGAGCGGGCGCCUGGAGAGCCGAACGGGCCGUGCCCCAGCUGACGAUGCCGGUGCCACGGAAUGCGAGCGGCAGCCCUGGGCCCUCCCUGCGUCCUGGCUGAGGUGGCACCGAGCGGCCUCCAGAAAGGGUGCUCUGGCACCAUUCCUCCUCCAGCUGGAAGCCCCCCCAGUCCGGGGCUGCCCGAGGGGCCCGAACCCUUCCCCACCGCCUUGGUCGCUCCCUGGCCUCAGCAGCUGGAGCUCAGUGAGGUGACCCGCCUGGAUCGGCAAGGAGCAGGGCGCCGAGGGCCAGCCUGGCUCCCUGGGCCCUACAGCAGCGCCUCCUGGCUGGGUCACCUCUGCCCAGCCUUGCAUGCCCCCAGCGGGCGGGCCACCCGCGUUCCAGGGUCUCCUAGCAACCAGGAGAAACUUUCCACGCCCAUCAGAAUGCCAGCAGCCAGCCGCUGACGCUGGAUCUCGGCCUCUGCCCGCCCGCCUGUGGCGCCAAGACCCGCAAAUCUCCCUGAGGCGGCCGGGGACCCCCAGGAGCGGGCAGCGGGGCCAUGAGCCACAGCCUCUCCUUCGUGGAGCUGAUCAACCUGGCCAUCGGGACACCGGAGCUGGGCAAUGUCAACUUCAACGCCCUGCAUUUAUUCCUGCACAGCCUCGUGGAGCACCUCCAGCUGCAGGACGUGAGGAAGGAAGUCACGGCCGACGAGCUGGAAUUCGUCAAGCCGCCCCCAAGCACGGUGGCCUCCGUGGCCACCUCUUCUGAAACUGUUCCUGUGGCCCACGAGUCCAGCUCCAUCUUCCACCAGAUGCACGAGAGGAUCACGGCCAUUGAGAAGCAGCUGAGGUUCCUGAACGAUACCCCUGACACCGCUGAACUGCUGGUGCGCACCCAGGGCGUGGGCCAGCCCACCCAGGACAUGUGGCAGAUGAUGCAGCUGAAGAAGAAGAUGGAGUUGAACGAGGAAGGGAUGACCAAGGCCAUGAACACGUUGCAGGACCUGCUGAAUAACAUUUGCUCCCUGAAAACAGCCACGGAUGGCUUUCAGCAAGAACUGGGGCAGCUGAAAGAGAACAUUGUCCAACUCAACGGAGAAGAAAUGAAAGAGCGACUCCGGGGUCUGGAUGAACAGGCCAGGAUGAUGGAAGAAAUGAAGGAACAGCUGGACCUUGUGAAAGAAAGGGUCAGCAUGUCUGCAGAUGCUUCGGAUGUGGUGUGCUGGAGUGCCCUUUGCGAGACGCUGACUGGCAGAGGCACCGAGGAAGAGGAAGAGGAAGAAGGGGGCAGAGAGAAGACGUCCCGGGAGAUUCUGGCUGUUUUGGGCCAACUGCCUGAGAAGCAUGAAGCUCUCCUGAAGCACAUGACUCAACUGGAGGCCCAGUUGAAGUACCCAGGAGUUUUUGAAAUCCCCCCUGAGCUGAAGUCGCUGCUGGAACGGAUGGAGAUGUUGCAAACUCAGAGCAAGCAGGGAAAGGAAUCUCUGCAAGGAACCCUGGAGCAGAUGGAGAGGCUGAAGGAACAGUACGAAAAGCUGCAGAAGGGGGUGGAGAGAUUAACCAGGAGUACCUCGGACAUCCAGGUCAUGCGCAACAUGUUAGAGCAGCUGGACAUUAAGAAAGCCGAUAAGGACUUGAUCCAAGAGGAGAUGAAUGUGAAAGCUGACAAGAGCGCGCUGGAGGCAAUGGUGAACCACGGAGAGCUGCAGAUAGCCACCAGCCAACUGAAUGAGAUGAUGCAGGAUCUGCUGCAGAAGAUGUCUCUGCAGGACAAGGAUUGGCAGAAAGCGCUAGAGAAGCUCUUCGUUGACAUGGACUGCAAGCUGGACCGGAUGGCCCUGGAUCCUGUGAGCCGACAGCUGGAAGAGGUGUGGAGGUUCAUCAAGAAGUACCUGAGCGAAGGCCCCCGCUUUGAUGCUGACAGUGCUGCUGGCUUUAAGAAGCAGCUCUUUGAGAGAGUGAAAUGCAUCUCCUGUGACCGGCCAGUGACCAUGAUGACCGGGCCACACAUGAUCACCGUCCGCAGGGCCACUCUGAGGCCUCGUCCAGCCAGUGCCAAUGGCUAUGAAUACCUGUCCCAGCAGCAAAAACGGGAUCACGAUCCAAGCGAGAUGAGUGGCAACCUCCCCUUGCAGACCUGCUGGCAGUGCCAGGCCCAUCACCAAGCCUGCACCCUCAAGCACCUGUCCCGGUCCCAGGACCUCACCACCCUCUACCCUUAUGGGGACCCGACUGCCAUCACCUACGACAACACCGAGGUAGACAUUCUGGGGGUGAACGGCGUCCUUUACAAAGGCCGGGUGAGCUCACAAGCGGCAGAGCGGGCGUUCGCCCUGCAGAAGGAAUUUGCAGCUCUGAAGUUUCCCCGGCCUCCAACGGGGGUGCGCAUGGAGCGAGUCCGUUCCGCCUUUGCAGACAUCAGCACCGUGCCCUACCCCCCCUCAGUCCUCCGUCGGGUGGGGUCUGCAAUAGCCAACAGCAACCGGCAACCGCCGCAGCUUAGCUGUGACCCUGUGGACAGAACAAUCAUCAGUGCCACUCUCAGCCACAGCCACGUUCAGAACGGAAGGGACAUUCCAGGCCUGUGAGCUCAACUUUCCAUGAGCCCAACCUCGUUUCCUCUCUCUUGUUAAACGCAUGCCCGGCCUCCCACCCAGACAGGGACAGGACGCAGUAUAGGUUGAGGUGUCUUGUGGGGUCCCUUCCUUCCCUCUCAGCUGGCUGUCCGGGCCAGGCCCCUCACCCGACAUCCGCUGUGGCGUCUUCCUACAGGCAGCCACAGCUUUUAGCAGACUAUAAAGUGACGCCUGUGCCCUGGCAUUACCUUCGCUGGAGAUUUGGCCAUCCCUGCCAGAGGCCAGAGGCUUGCCUAGCUUAAAAGGGGGAGGCUCAGUCCCACGACUCACGUCAGAUGUGCAGCAGAACAUGGGCCAAGUUGGCACCUCACUCCUUGGUGAGCCGGGAUUCCCAAACAAAACAUUCUUUAUGACGAUUGUGAACGCAAGUCCCCUUCCUGCAUUCCAGGGGCGAGGCCAGCAGGAGAUCUGCCCCGCUGCCCAGUUUGGGUCCUAGCAUUUCCAGAAACCCAUUUUGACCAACGCGCCUCUCCUCCCCUCCUCCAUAUGGGACCCCCAGCGGCAUUCCGAUUCUGCCCCUGUUCGUUGAGUGACAAAAUGAUUCCAUAAAGACGUUCUUUUUCUACGCUCUGCAA